AUGCCACGUACAGACGAAGCAGAAGCAUUCUACCACGCGGUAUAUAACGCAGUCCAAGAGAUUCCGUACGGAAAAGUGACAACCUACGGCCAUAUCGCAAGUUUGAUUGGCACCCCACAACGACCACGCCAGGUAGGCGGCUGUCUUAAGCACCUACCCGUCGACACCUCGAUGAAAUUCCACAGUGGUAAUGUUCCGUGGCAAAGAGUUAUUAGUUCCAAGGGCAUUAUACCACCCAGAGGUCAUCCUUCCGGGGCUGCACGCCAGGCUGAGGCUCUCGAGGCGGAAGGCGUCACGGUUAGUGCUGGCAGCUUGGGGGAAUUAAUGAUUGAUAUGGUGGAGUAUGGAUGGUUUCCGCGGCAGCUUCCUAGUGAGGAGGCCGAGGGUUUGGACCCGCCUGUCUUCUUGGAUGAUGAGGAAUGA